CCUCAAUUGCUGAGACCGGCUCUGAUCGACCACGUACUUGACCGAAAUCAUUCUCCGAUUAGCCGCUCCAGCCCACCUGAAGCUCAUUGAGUUAAUCCGCCAUGGGCUCCGCAAGUACUGGAGAACACCAGUCUCUGCUGCCUUCCUACUCUCCGUCUGUAGCUCGCGCGCGAGUUCUCGGCCAAGAGACGGCGCCGGCAUGGCCUACUACGUUCGAAGAGGGUCUCGACGCUCGCAUGGCAUCACCCGUGGCGAUGUCAUUGACGCCUCGCCGCGUCAGUUCCUUCAACAGCAGCCCGUACACCGAGAGACAUAGGCUCUUACAGCAACAGAGAGACGUGUCCUGGUCUCCAGGUAGCAGCGCCGGCGCCGCCACUCCCCAGGGCACUAGUAGCUUCAAGGACGCGGUCUUCAACGCCAUCAACGUCCUAUUGGGAGUAGGCGUGCUCUCCAGUCCCUUCUCGUUGCGAUCCAGUGGCUGGCUCAUCGGUGGACCGCUCUUCCUCUUCUUCACACUGGUAACCAACCAUACAGCCAAGCUUUUGGGCCAAUGUCUGGACUACCAAGAAGGAAUGACCACAUACCCAGACAUCGGAGAAGCGGCCUUCGGUACCAGAGGCCGAGUCAUCAUUGGCGUCACUUUCUUCGCAGAAUUAUUCACUGCCUGCGCCAUGUUCCUCGUGCUAAUUGGAGAUACAUUGGCGGCGUUGAUUCCGUCAUUUACGGAGACGCAGUUGACAAUUAUGGCAUUUCUGCUCAUUAUGCCAUCCAUGUGGACGACGCACAUGUCCAUGUUGUCGUAUUUCAGCAUUUUGGGCAUCUUAUCGUCAUUUUUCUGCCUCUACGCGAUUUUCUACGUGGGUUUUGCAAUCGACACGAACGCUCCGGACUACACUAUGGGCAGUUUGUUGCACCCACAGCCUGUACAGAUGAUUGGCGACUUGGAUCGGAUCCCAUUGGCUAUUGGCCUAACUAUGGUGGCAUUCGGAGGCCACUCGGUCUUCCCGUCCAUUUGCAGCUCCAUGGCGAACAAGGAAGACUACCCGCGUGUACUCAACCUCUCUUACUUUAUUGUGGGAAUUGUGUACGGCGCUAUUGAACUGGCUGGUUAUCUCAUGUAUGGAGUGGCUACUCAGAAGGAGAUCACGCUCAACCUGAUCGCGUCCUACCCCGGUGUUUUAACACAAAUGGUAGUCUGGACGAUCGCGUUGAACCCGAUGAGUAAGAUCGCUAUUACGCUCCAUCCUGUGGCAUUGGCAUUCGAGGAAUUUCUACUUUCGCCGAGCCAGAAACGCGCUGCUGCGAGGAAUAAACCGAGCAAGGGUUUGGUGUUCUACCGUGCUUUUAUCCGCACUACACUGGGUAUGGGAGCUCUGUGCUGUGCUCUAUUCGUGCCGCACUUUGCGCGUGUUACGUCGUUUUUGGGCGCAUUUUUCGCGAUGCUGGUGUCGGUGUUCCUGCCGUGUAUCUGCUACCUCAAGCUCUUCUCUCACCGCCUAUCGAAGGGCGAGAUCGCACUCAACGCUGGUCUGGCUGGACUCUCUAUCAUUCUGAUGUUCUUGGGCACUCUCGCGUCGUUCUUGUCCCCCGCGGAUUAAGUCUAGUAAGGCCAGCCGACUAUCCGUGAGGUAAUCGAAAUAUAGAUAUCAAGAAGAUGCUGCUCACCUAGUGUGUGACCAGUAACUUCGUUAUAUAUUCGGAUAGUGGUUUGGUUACUGUCGUUUCAUGUUGUUCAGUUCGUGCAGCAGACUCAAACGAGUUCCCGCUCCUAGUACUGUGCUUUCGUGUGUAUGGAAUGAGAGAUGGCGAUGCCGCUCAACGGCGGAGAGAUAGAUCGGUGCUGUCACUGCGUGAUACUGACGAAACGGAAAAGAUCAGUACCGCUGACCGUGACACUAUCAAGCUGAAACUGGACAAUCAAUUAGCAGAAUCGUGGCAUACUCGAUUGCAGUCGGGUAGGUUGUCAGCCUCAACUCCCACACAUCGAAGAGCACGACCUGCUCCUGACAUGGUGCAUUCUUUGGACGAACUCACCGAGAUUUCGAGUAUUGCAGCUGUAGUCUCUUUACAGAGAUGGUGGCGACGAAAUAGUGCUGGUGGGCAACGCCUUGCUAAAUUUCAGAAAUUGUGUCGAAGGCAUGUACUGGAGCUCGUUCAUCGGCGACGUACGCUGCAUGCUCGAUCAAAACUCCAUGCAAUUGUACAGCAAAUUGUUUUCUUAAGCGUUUUUACAUUCAGCAUUCUUCAUGGCUACGAGCAUGAUCGACUCUAUCGCCUCACACGAGCUGUAACUUGUAAGUGCCAUACUAUCAGUUAACUGAAAAAUAUUGUU